UGUGUUGUUAGGAAACAUGGCGACGGCAGUCGAUCCACACAUCUAUCGUCUUUUACUGUUAUAUUUCCUUCACAUAAGCCUUUCUCAGCAAGCAUCAGCAUCACGAGAGUGUCACUGUACAAGCGGAUGUGACGUCAACUUCUGGUGCACUGGCGGCUGUCUCCAGGGCUGGUCAGGCCCCACGUGUCAGAUCCGGAAUAUAGCUCUGAACAAAUCAACAGAACAAAGCAGCACUAUCAAUGACUGUAAGUGGGCGAAAACAGCCGCCUGGAAACACGUGUGUGGGGACAAGACUUCCUCCCUGGCUGUGGACGGUGUGACCAGCAGCAGCUACUGGUCAGGGACCUGCACACACACCGCGACAGGCAAGACAUUCGCCUGGUGGACCGUGGACCUGGGAGAGACACACCUCAUCACCAAUCUGACAAUAUUCUUCUCAAAUAGACAACGAAUGACAGGUUUCUUGGUACGCGUAGACGAUCAUCCCUGCUAUCAACAGGACCAGUCCCACCUUCCCAUCUCCCCUGUCAGCAUCAGCUGUGACACCCCUACAUCUGGACAAAGUGUCACUGUUCGUCUGCCAACACUGAACGGCUCGGAAUACAUUCUCAAUCUCUGUGAAGUGGAAAUAUAUGAGUGUGCUGACGGAGUUUUCGGGCCUGGCUGUAGUUCCUGGUGUUUGUGUAAGAACACAUCUGAGGUGUGUGACAAAGACACUGGACACUGUGAGAGUGGCUGUGCUGACGGGCACACUGGGGCGGACUGUCAGGAACCAGCAUCUUCACGUGAGUGUCACUGUACAAGCGGAUGUGACGUCAACUUCCGGUGCACUGACGGCUGUCUCCAGGGCUGGUCAGGCCCCACGUGUCAGAUCCGGAACAUAGCUCUGAACAAAUCAACAGAACAAAGCAGCACUGUCAAUGACUGUCAGUGGGCGAGUACAGCCGCCCAGAAAGACGUGUGUGGGAACAAGACUUCCUCCCUGGCUGUGGAUGGUGUGACCAACAGCAGCUACUGGUCAGGGACCUGCACACACACCGCGACAGGCCGGCCACCCGCCGAGUGGACAGUGGACCUGGGAGAGACACACCUCAUCACCAAUCUCACAAUAUUCUUCUCAAAUAGACAACGAAUGAGAGGUUUCUUUGUACGCGUAGACGAUCAUCCCUGCUAUCAACAGGACAAGUCCCACCUUCCCCGCUCCCCUGUCAGCAUCAGCUGUGACACCCCUACACGUGGACAACGUGUCACUGUUCGUCUGCCAACACUGAACGGCUCGAAAUACAUUCUCAAUCUCUGUGAAGUGGAAAUAUAUGAGUGUGCUGACGGGAGUUUCGGGCCUGGCUGUAGUUCCUGGUGUUUGUGUAAGAACACAUCUGAGGUGUGCGACAAAGACACUGGACACUGUGAGAGUGGCUGUGCUGACGGGCACACUGGGGCGGACUGUCAGGAACCAACAUCUUCACGUGAGUGUCACUGUACAAGCGGGUGUGACGUCAACUUCCGGUGCACUGACGGCUGUCUCCAGGGCUGGUCAGGCCCCACGUGUCAGAUCCGGAACAUAGCACUGAACAAAUCAACCCAACAGAGCAGCACUAUCAAUGACUGUCAGUGGGCGAGUACAGCCGCUCAGAAAGACGUGUGUGGGGACAAGGCUUCCUCCCUGGCUGUGGACGGUGUGACCAGCAGCAGCUACUGGUCAGGGACCUGCACACACACCGCGACAGGCUGGACAUCCGCCUGGUGGACAGUGGACCUGGGAGAGACACACCUCAUCACCAAUCUCACAAUAUUCUUUUCAACUCCAAAACGAAUGAGAGGUUUCUUGGUACGCGUAGACGAUCAUCCCUGCUAUCAACAGGACCAGUCGUCCCUUCCCAGCUCCCCUGUCAGCAUCAGCUGUGACACCCCUACAUCUGGACAAAGUGUCACUGUUCGUCUGCCAACACUGAACGGCUCGGAAUACAUUCUCAAUCUCUGUGAAGUGGAAAUAUAUGAGUGUGCUGACGGGAGUUUCGGGCCUGGCUGUAGUUCCUGGUGUUUGUGUAAGUACACAUCUGAGGUGUGUGACAAAGCCACUGGACACUGUGAGAGUGGCUGUGCUGACGGGCACACUGGGGCGGACUGUCAGGAACAGUGUAAGGACCGUUUCUAUGGGGCUCAGUGCAGCUCUAGAUGUGGACGGUGUCGUAGUAACGCCAUCUGCAGCAAAACGUCAGGCGACUGCCCGGAUGGAUGUGAACCAGGAUGGCAAGGGAAGACAUGUGACCAAGAAUGUGACGAAGACAGAUAUGGUGACGGGUGUUCUGAGACUUGUGGUCAGUGUGCAGGGAAGUGCAGCCCUGUUAACGGAACAUGUGAUCAGGAGGGUUGCAGUGAUGGGUGGAUGGGGCAGAGGUGUGACGAAGAGUGUAAGGACCGUUUCUAUGGGGCUCAGUGCAGCUCUAGAUGUGGACGGUGUCGUAGUAACGCCAUCUGCAGCAAAACGUCAGGCGACUGCCCGGAUGGAUGUGAACCAGGAUGGAAAGGGAAGACAUGUGACCAAGAAUGUGACGAAGACAGAUAUGGUGACGGGUGUUCUGAGACUUGUGGUCAGUGUGCAGGGAAGUGCAGCCCUGUUGACGGAACAUGUGAUCAGGAGGGUUGCAGUGAUGGGUGGAUGGGGCAGAGAUGUGACGAAGAGUGUAAGGACCGUUUCUAUGGGGCUCAGUGCAGCUCUAGAUGUGGACGGUGUCGUAGUAACGCCAUCUGCAGCAAAACGUCAGGCGACUGCCCGGAUGGAUGUGAACCAGGAUGGCAAGGGAAGACAUGUGACCAAGCAUGUCCAGACGGUACCUUUGGCCUAAACUGCGGACAACGCUGUGGUCAGUGUCUGGCUGGACAUGUGUGUGACAAGGUGACAGGACAGUGUCCGGGUUCGAGGUGUGAGAGGGGAUGGAUGGGACUUCAAUGUGGAACAGCCUGCAACGGCACUGGCUUCUACGGCUACAACUGCAACGAGACAUGUGGGAUGUGUCUCGGGGAUGACUGCCACCACAUCACAGGAGAGUGUCCACGUGGGUGCAGACCAAAGUAUGAGGGUGCCACGUGUAACCUGAAAGAGCCAACUAACGUGGGCACCCAGGCCGGUAUGGCUGUGUUCGUCGCUGUCCUUGUCGUGCUGGUGAUCAUCGCCGUGUACCUUCUGAAGAGACGGCAACAAAAGAGAUCGAAUGGUGAAGUCGCUGCAGCUUCGUCUGAUGUCGUCAUUAACCCAGCAUUUCCUGGUGAAGAAGGCGUGUUGGACGAGAAUGAUGAUGACGGCAUUUACGCCAAUGUGGAAGUGACCACGGUCAAGGUAGCUAAGCUUCGAGAAUACAUCGCCAAGAGAGAGGACAAGUUUGUGUCGGAGUAUGGGAGAGUGCCCCGGGGUCUUCUUCAUCCUCACACCGCCGCCAUCAGCCAGGAACACAUGGCCAAGAACAGAUUCAAAGCCAUGUAUCCUUAUGACCACUCCCGCGUUGUCCUGCAGAAGAUCCCUGGGGACAAGAACUCCGACUACAUCAACGCCAACUACAUCAACACCUACAAGAGGAAGAAGGCUUUUAUUGCAACUCAAGGUCCAACGCCGAAGACUGUGGGCGACUUCUGGAGGAUGGUGUGGCAGGAGGAGACCAACAUCGUCGUCAUGCUCACCAGACUCAAGGAGGGGAUAAAGGUGAAAUGUGAGAAAUACUGGCCGGAGAGGAACAAUCCACUGCAGCUGGCAGACCUGACCAUCACAAACGACGGGGUCGUUGAGAGACCGGACUACUGCAUCAGACAGAUGAUCCUCCAGCACAAGAAGCUGAACGAACGCCGUCGCGUGAUGCAACUGCACUAUGUCACGUGGCCGGACCAUGACGUCCCAUCAAGCCCUCAGCUCGUGCGGUUCUGGAAGGUGUUCCGGUCAAUGACGGUUGACAGCCAGGCUCCCGUCGUCGUUCACUGCAGUGCUGGAGUUGGGCGGACAGGGACGUUCAUUGGACUGGACGCGCUGAUGGAGCGGGCUCUGCAGGAAGGAGUGGUGGACGUCCAUGACUUCGUCCUCAAGAUGAGAGCUGACCGGGUCAGCAUGGUGCAGACAAAGGAGCAGUACCUGUUUAUCCACCAGGUGGUGCUGGAGGCGCUACACAGCGACAUGACACAAAUGACGCCCGCCAUGUUUAACAGACGGUUCAGCACCGAGAACCUUGCUUCGGCAUCAGAGGAAGCCAUCUUGAAAAGAGAAUGGGAGAAACUCCAUGAACUGAAUGAAGAAUUAAGCGCCCCUGCAACCGAGGGGGCUCUUUUGUCAGAAAACACGCGGAAAAACCGAAGCCAGAACAUUCUUCCAGCUGAUAAAUGCCGGCCAAUUCUAAGUCUGCCAGUUGCCGAAAGUAACGAUUACAUCAACGCAGUAUUUGUCCCUACGGAGACCCGUCAGAAAAGCCUCCUGGCCACACAGCUGCCUCUGCCCUGGACUGUGGUGGACUUCUGGAGGAUGGUGUUGGACCACGAUGUGCAGACCAUCGUGUCUCUCGUCUCAGAGGAAUGUUCAUCUCAGGUAGACGCAGCCUUAUUUUGGCCUAAAACAGAUGAGGUUUUGGAGUGUGGACCAUUUCUUGUCACGAAGACGGAUUCAAAGGACGAGGCUAUAGUGUUGAAAGUCUGGUUAAAGAACGCUGAUGAGAGCACCAAAAAGGAUGUCACCUUGCUGUUUGUGACUGACUGGGCAGAGGGAGUGGACACGCCUACAAAUACGUCACAGUUCCUGGGCUUCAUCAACGACCUUGACGCCCGGAACACCUCCGACAACAUCGCCGUCAUGUGCAUGGAUGGUGCCAGUAAGUGUGGACUGGUGUGUGCUGUGCUGAACAUCAUCCAACGACUGAAACAAGACCAGGAGAUUGACGUGUUUCUGACAGUCAGAUUGUUGCAGACAGUCAGACCCAGCUUCCUGAUUUCCUAUGCACAGUACCAGUUCUGCUACAAGUUGGUAAAAGAAUAUCAGAAGACUUCCAACACAGUGUAUGAGAACUUCCAGGGUUAGAGAGGGACACGUCAGCCUCGAUUUCCUCAACGCUGGUCGAGCCACGUCAAGGAAUUACCAAAAAAUACAUACAAAUAUAUAUUUUUUAGAUGAAACAUGUUUCUUGUACACAUAGCAUUGUCAGGGUUUGGAAGCAUAAGAAAUCACAAAGGUGGUUCAAAAUUUUAUCCAAUCCGUUGUUCCAUGUGUUUGAUAGUUUGCUAUAGUUUUACCCGUAGUCUUCAUGUACUGUGUGUUUUUAAUGUUACAUGCUCAGGUGGUUCUACACCAACAUCCGCGUAAAUUAUUUGCACCUCGUUCCACGAUGUGCGUGCCCAUUAUAAUUACAUACAACUGCAAUAUGUAACGGUUUUCCCUUGCCAUUCGCAUGAACCUUAUUGAAGCCAUCUUACUGCAUGGUUGCAUAUAUAUUUCUUUUGAUUUAUUUUUUUCUUCUCUUUUCUUAUGAUUAUUAUCAUUAUUAUACAGAUAAAAAUAAAUAAAUGCAGCAAAGAGGGUUUGGGUGAUCCUGGCACAAUCAGGCUGG